AUGGGUUAAGCUUAAACUCAAUAAUAAUAAGAUAUGGUACUAGUUAAUGAGCAUUUGCUGUAUUUGUAAAAGAGUAAGUCUAAUUAUUUACUCAAUUAGCUGCCACUACUGCAGCUCAUCAUAUUUAUGGCAAUUAAGAAUAAGUUCAAUUCUUAGUCAAAUGUCCAAAGUGUAGCAGUCAUUAAUUCGAUGAUCAAUUAGGGAGGAUUACUAAUUGUUUUUAGUGUAAAUUGAUCUUUUCUGUUAAUGAUGGUUAGAUAUUAAUCAGAUAAGAUUCUACAUAACUUGAAGACAAAAGGACCUAUCAAAUGAUUGAAGUACAGUUCCCUUAUUUAGAAAGUGUCACCUUGUAUGUAAAUAGGUUUCAAUUUCUUCUAAUAUAGAACGAAACUUGAUCCAGCAUUAAUUAAAGAUAAUGUGAUAGAUUUUUAAAGAUUAAUUAAUAACGUACUUUUACCUUUCUUUUCUGUACGUGAAAGAGUCUUAGAAACAGGCAUUAAAUUUUCAAUAGGAGCAUUUGAAUUUAGAGUAGUUGGAGGAUUUCCAACAAGAGGAAUAAUUGCAAAAUAAACAUAAAUCUACUGUUAUGGAUAUUAUAUCUAGGACAUAACAAGAAGAGUUAAAAUAUUAUCAAGGAAGCCAUCUUAAUAAUUAGAUUUUGAAAUCAAAUCCUAUUUUAGUGUUAAUCCUAAAGAUAAUUAGAUAAUAUAAGAUUCAACCAUUAAAGUUAAUUCACAAAAAUUGUUAAUAUUGUAAUGUGAAAAUGCCUCAGGGAAAAUUGAUAGAAAUUCUGUAAACAUUUAAUUUAAUAUUUUAAGAUCAUUGAGAGUAUACCAAAUGUAUAGAAUUUAAGAGAUAUUAAAUUAUGUUGCAUAAAAUAUCCAGUAUAGUUUUCAACACAUUAAUCUUAAAAAGAUAGAUUCAAAGAAGCAAUAAGAAGAACAAUAAUAAAUCCAUACUUCUCUGGAUUAAAUAGAUAUCUAGAAAAAGGCUAAAUAUUGAGAAUUUCAGAUUUCGAAUUUCAAGUAUAGAUGUUUGAAGAUUAAGGACUGGUUGUUCCAAAUUAAACUUAAAUUGAUAUUGAAAUUGUUUCACCUAUUUAACAAUAAAGAAUUUAACACAAUAGAUAAUUAGAUUAAUUAUUACCAUCAAAUUUAGUUCCAAAUAGAAGAGGUGAUUUUCAUAGACAACAUGCUUAAUAAAUUGAAGCACUCCAUCGAUUAUUAAAUACGUUUAUACUCUUAAAUGAGAAUCAAUAAUUGUUACUUUCACUCAGAAAUAAUCAAACAUCUGAAGAAUAAAUUAACUAAUUACCAAUACGUCAAAUUAGUAUGGAGUUUAUUAAUUAACAUUAAAAUGAUGAUAAUCAUAUUAAAUGUAUGAUUUGUUUAGAAGAUUAUUAAGAGAAUUAGAUUGUUCGUACUAUGCCAUGCUGUAAAAAUUAAUAUUCAUUAAUUUCUAGGGCAUUACUUUCAUUAAGAAUGUAUUGACAAAUGGUUACACAAAAGUACUCUAUGUCCAAUAUGCAAGACUGAAGUUGAUUCAGAUUUAUAGAUUGAAGAAAUUUCCAUGCAAAUGCAUUAAUGA